AUGGCGACCUCACGCUCAAUGGAUUCGUCCUAUUCUUCCCUGUUCACCCAAGGGCUGCUUAACUCAUCCACACCUCGUGCAUCACUCCACCUCCCUCUUCCCGCUUUCCCAACCAAGUCCCACUCUCUUCCAUUGGCAGAACGGCGUCGUACUCCCCCACCUACACCGCUCAUCAUCCCCCCUGCACGCGUAACUCCCGCAAAGCAGUCCCCGCACACGUUCUCUGCCUCUCGCAAGACACCGCGCAGCACCUGCGCCGGAGCAAGGAGACGAUCCUCGGUCUCCUCUCCUGCACACGCGUUGCUCAAGAGUCCGACCCGCGCCGAACUGCUGCGCACACGCGAGCUGCACCUCAUCCAGGCGAAAACUUCUAGGCGUUCUCAUGGGGAAAACAUGGCAUUGCUGAGGGAUGAAGCCAGCGCAGGAGGACGUAUGAGCUCCGUGUGGACCGCUCCGGCAGCAGUGAUCUCCAGGCUUCGCCGUCGUGCGCUUCCCAUCUCUGCCCCUUCACCUCCACCCAUGAAACCCCUCCCCGCACUGCCAGGCCAGAACCCAGCCGACGCCUACCCCUCCCCACUGAGUCUGAAUAUCGCAGUUACCUAUCCCUCCAGCGCGACAACUCCCCCGCUAACGAUCGAAAUUCCCCAACCGAAAGUUGAGAGCUUCUCAAUGGAAGACGAGGACGAAGACAUGACUUAAUGGUCUCAACAUUUCGCCACCCGCUACAGGUAGCGGCUUGAUUUACUCAGAAUUCUUCAAUAAUGGAGCUCAUCGACUGUGUCGGGCUCGUUUAUUCUUACUCUUGCACAAUGAUCUCCCAUGUUCAUGUCGAACUACAACACAAACACCUGCCGAAUCGGCAGUAAUACUACUAUCCUCACGGUUUCUCUCUGCCUUCUUUUCUCUCGGCCUUCUUUUUUCUCGGCCUUCUUUUCACUUACGAUCCC